AAGAAAGGUGGGAAGGGAUGUCGCUCCGAAGACGACGGGGAUGGCCCUCUUUGGGCCCCGGAAAGAAAUCAAGCAGCCCAGCACUUUUCCCCCUCCUCAGCGGCUUCUCAUGGGGGUUGAAGCGGGACCCCCCGUGCCAGCCCACCCUCUUUCAUCUCAGGUCGCCAUUCUCCAAAAGCAACAGUCUCACCUGAGCAAAGGCGCCGGGGCUGAUGACAGCGCCUCGCGUUCCCUUUUGCUCCGAUUAUUCCAACCGAGCAACGCUUUUCUGACUGUGCUGUGGGUUGAAUUUAGUUAGCGUGAACGGUAGUUUUUUUAUGGUAAUUUACUGCUGUAUUGAAUGUCUGGGUCGGAAGGAAGGUGUGUUUGAACCAACCAUCGUUCAGCCAUCAGGUUGCCAUGUUUUAUUUAUACAGGGCGCCUGUGCCCGUUAAUGGCUGCAAGGGAAGCAUACCUUUAGUCACUUCAGUAGCGUCGAAAACAUGGAAGUCAAGUAUAAACUGCAUCUUUUGGCUUAAUUUUGUUCUUGUGGAAGUGGUAAUUUCUUCUAAUGGGGCAGACCUAUUGAAACCUGAGCUUUGUGGAUGAAUUAGGCAAAGUUAAAUUUGUGUUAUUUUUUUGAGGCAAGCAUGUUUUUGGGGAGAGAGGUGCUUCCUUUAUUAUUUUUAAAAAGUUAGAUAUAGACUAUGAGGAUAAAUACACCAAGAAACAAACAAAAAUAUAUAGCCUAAUCUAAGGCUUCAGUGUGUGUGUGUGUGUGUGUUUACUCAGUGUGCCUGUUUCCUUCUCUUCUAAGUAUGCUUAGCUUUGUAUCCAAAUCCUACAUGUAUGUCCUGAAUAAGUUUUUAGGAUGGAAGCUUACAUGUAUUUCCCUCUAAGGAGCUUUGCUUAAUUGGUUAUGGCAAUUAGCAAGCUUUCCAUCAUGUGCUUGUAAGAAUUUGGGUAAUUCAUUUGAACAAGAUUACUUACUAGACACAAUACAAUGCAUGUUAAAUGAAUAGCAGGCUGAGUGAUUUGUGGCCAUAACAUGGGAAUAUUUUAGACACUAUUUUAGAAGCUAUUUCUGUAGAACAUGACUUUAUAAGGAGUUAGAUUCUGAAGUAGUUUUUCUAAUAUGUUGUGGGAAAUAGUGAAUUUCAUCUUUCAUCUGCUUGUGCUGAAGUUCACCGUAUAUUACAAAUGUACUGUAGACAAUAAAUAUUGCUUAAUUUAUUUAACAAAUUUUUCCUGCAUAUUUGCUAUUUACAUGGAAUGGAAAACAUAGCAUACUAAUCUAUGUUGUUUAUUCUGUAAAGUCUCAACAGGUUUUGGCUUUCUUUUUUUCACAUUCAGAAUUUUGAAAGGUUUAAUGUAUUUGUACUUGGAAAGACAGUUUUUCAUAGACACUGAUACUGGAAUACAGAGCAUAGGGUACACUAACGUUUCCCAGUUAGUGAGUAGAACAUACAACUUAAUUGUUUACAUUCUUCAGAUGUAUUUUCAUAAAAACUCUGUAAACCCCUGUGUUGUAUUGCUUUCAAGUAUGGCCACAUCUAGUAUAGUACUUUAUUUUUCAAAUGAGAUACAGGGUUCCCAAGAAUUUAUAACAUUCAAUUGGUAAAUUGUAAAUUUAGUGGCAGUUCUUGCCUCCUUAUUCCCUUAUGAGGAUAAUAAGGCUUUUUGACUUUUCAGGAUAUGGCAGGAUGUAAUAAUGUAUGUAAAGUUAUAUGAUUGCUUAAGGUAUGUUACAGGAACAGUAGGUUGCAAGGGCCAGAGCAAUUUGAUAGGCUCAUAAGGCAAAAGAUAUCCAUGAUAAUAGCUCUCUAGGAGGGCUGCAUACUUUUUUUUCUUGAAAGUACUCCAGUGCUUUGAAUAGAUGCAUGAUGGGCAGAGAUUUAGUAGCUUUUCCCUGCACAACACUGCUGAGCAAAGAAGCAUGAUUUAAAUUCUGCAUGGCAUGCUGGUAUAAGAGAGAAGGGGCGGUAGUGACGCCCCUUAAAUCCCCAGAAACCUUGAUUGCAAAGUGUUGCAUAAACAGAAUCAUAGAAGUAGAGAAUUAGAAGGAGGAUCAGCAUUGACACCACAACUGUAUGCAUACUUAUCUAGAAACCUUGAUUCUAAUAAAUUUGGCUAACUCUAAAGCCUUAUUUUAGCAAGUUAUUUACAUAGCUUUAGCAGCUCCAUGUUCUAGUCUAGCUGGAUUGACACAAGCCUGUAAAUCAUAAAACAAAUUCAUACAUCUUAUUUAGCCAAGAUUCAUUUAGCCAUUGUUUGGUGCACAAGCCAUUAUUAGCUGGCUUCAUACAACAUAAUAAGCUAUAUAAUUGGCUUUUGAAACUAUGUUAAGCCAAAACCAAAGAAAUUACAUACUUCAGCAUUUCUCUAAAUGAACUCUUAAAGGAGGUUGUGAGAUGAGAGGAGGAGGAUCACCACAAAGUAUUUUUUGUGCUGUUUUUGCACAAAAAUUAAGUUUGAUGCAAAAUUAUUCUGAAUGCAAAGUAACCCUCAGUUCCACAUCCCUCUAUGAACUCUGAACGUUUGCUUUUAACACAUUGCAUUUGCCUUUUAGAGGAGGAGUUAAUCAUGCCUGGAAGGCAUGAAGCUUCUAUGCAAAAUUGACCAUCUGAUCAAAUACUCACUCUGCAUAGGAAAUUAUCACUUCUGAGAGGAAGAGCUGCAAGACUGCAGCUAGAAGGAAAUUGCAACAGAUCUGACAGUCAAGAUGCUGAUCAAAGAAUAUCAUAUACUGCUGCCCAUGAGCCUGGCUGAAUACCAGGUGGCCCAACUUUACAUGAUCCAGAAAAAAAGCCGUGAGGAAUCCAGUGGCGAAGGCAGCGGGGUUGAAAUCCUGUCCAACCGACCAUAUGAUGAUGGUCCAGGAGGAAGUGGUCAAUAUACACAUAAGAUCUACCAUGUGGGCUCUCAUAUUCCUAGCUGGUUCCGUGCUCUCCUACCUAAGGCUGCUCUGCAGGUGGAGGAAGAAUCUUGGAAUGCCUACCCCUACACACGGACCAGAUACACAUGCCCCUUUGUGGAGAAAUUUUCAAUUGAGAUUGAGACUUACUACCGACCAGAUGCUGGAAAGCAAACCAAUAUCUUCAAUCUAAAUACCACAGAGCGCAGGCAAAGAAUUGUGGAUACUAUUGAUAUUGUACGGGAUCUCAUCUCACCCAGUGAAUACAAGAUAGAGGAAGAUCCACGAUUAUACCAUUCGGUGAAGACAGGACGUGGACCUCUGGGAGAUGAUUGGCUAGACAGUGGAAAUACUGGGCCUUUUAUGUGUGCUUACAAGCUUUGUAAGGUGGAGUUUCGGUAUUGGGGCAUGCAGUCCAAGAUUGAACAAUUCAUCCAUGAUGUAGGUCUACGGAAAGUGAUGCUGCGAGCUCAUCGCCAGGCCUGGUGUUGGCAGGACGAAUGGAUAGAUCUCACAAUGGAUGACAUUCGAAGGUUGGAGGAGGAAACAGCUCGUAUGCUGGCUCAGAAGAUGGCUACAUGCGUGGAACCUGAAUUAGAUCCUGGUGUGCCCAGCCCUGAGUGUCCAGCUGAGUUAGGUGGCCAUGAGACACAGGACAGAGUGGAUAGCCUGAGGGCUCCCGAUUCCUCUCCCGAUGACCCAUUUGCAAAGCAGUGGUCAUCUUCUUCUCGGUCCUCAUACUCUUCUCAACAUGCUGUUGUGGUGUCUACACACAGUUUAUCAGAAUGGCGGAUGCAAAAUAUUGCACGGGACUCUGAGAACAGUUCCGAAGAGGAAUUCUUUGAUGCUCAUGAGGAUUUGUCUGACAGUGAUGAUGUGUUUGCAAAGGAAAUCACUAAGUGGAAUUCAAAUGACUUCCUUGAUACUCUGGAGCGACCCAAUGAACGGGAUGAGGUUCUAGUUGAUGCGACUGGAGCAACCAAGUCAGAUAGUGAUGGUGCCCCUGUACCUGGCCCACCAGAGGUUGGCUCAGAAGGGCUCUCUGGGACCUGCCGUAUUCAUGCCCUUUUCCUGAUCCUCCACAGUGGCAACAUCCUAGACCAGGGUGUGGGAGAACCAGGCUCCAAACAGGCUGAUGUGCAUACACUCACUGCUACCUUGGACUCAGUCACCCGACUGCACUUUCCUGAAGCAUUGGGGCACAUAGCAUUACGCCUAGUGCCCUGUCCACCGAUCUGCUCUGCUGCCUAUGUCCUGGUCUCCAAACUCAGCCCCUACAGCCACGAUGGUGACAGUCUGUCCAGUAGCCAAGAUCACAUCCCACUCGCUGCUUUGCCUCUGCUUGCAACCUCCUCAGGCAGUUAUCAGAGCGCCGUGGCAAAGGUCAUUUCCCGCACCAACCAGGCUUAUGCCAGUUUCAUCCAUUCCCCUGACGGCUUGGGCUUCUGUGGCCAGGUGCUGCUGAUUGGAGACUGUGUUGGGGGUAUCCUGGCCUUUGAUGCUCUUUGCCACAGUCGUGCUGGUGGAUCAGGAAGUCAUGGGAGCAGCCGUCGUGGCAGCAUGAAUGCUGAUCUCCUUUCUCCAGAGACUUCUAUGGUACGAGAUCCACUGCUCAAAAAGCCGGAACCAUCGGGGGGAAUUGGCCGUGUCAGUCCUGAGCCAGGAGUACUUCCUCCUACUCCGAAAUAUUGUGAUAGUGUCGCUCCAGAGAGUGACUCUUUACAACAGCAGCAAAUCUUGUCCAGUCUGCCUGCCUCAGAAACAGAAGGAGACCCUCGACGGAGCAGUAACUCUUCAUCUUCGAUGGUGGAGACUUUUGAAGGCCCUAACAUGGUUGGGAAGCUGGAAUUUAAAGUGUCUGGCUUUUUCUUAUUUGGCUCCCCUCUGGGAUUGGUACUUGCACUUCGUAAAACAGUAAUGCCCGCCCUCGAUGUGGCUCAGAUGCGACCGUCCUGCGAACAGAUCUAUAACUUGUUUCAUGCUGCUGACCCCUGUGCCUCCCGCCUGGAACCUCUGCUAGCUCAACAGUUUCAUGCUGUGCCUCCUUUUGGGGUCCCCCGCUAUCAGAAGUAUCCCCUGGGAGAUGGCUCAUCCACUUUAUUAGCCGACGCCUUGCAGAGUCAUUCUUCCCUCUUUGUGAGUGAGCUAGACCUUGUGACACCACCCACUCCAACAGGUGCAUUUGGAGGCUUCUGGAAAGGAAAUGAGGGAGCUGCAAGUGACAGCACUGCAACCAGCACCAAUGAAGUUGUCAAGAUUCUGGAUCGUUGGUGGGGUUCAAAACGCAUCGACUACUCUCUCUACUGCCCCGAGGCACUCACGGCCUUUCCCACCAUCACCCUGCCUCACCUUUUCCAUGCCAGCUAUUGGGAAAGUGCUGAUGUGGCUGCCUUCAUCUUACGCCAGGUGAUUGAGACGGAGCAGCAUCAAGUGACCGAGAAUGAGGAGAGUUCGAUCUACAGCCCAGCAUUUCCCCGUGAAAAGUGGCAGCGUAAACGCACACAAGUGAAGAUCCGGAAUGUUACAGCAAACCAUCGUGCCAGUGAUGCGGUUGUGUGUGAGGGGCGACCCCAAGUUCUUAGUGGGCGCUUCAUGUAUGGUCCACUUGAUGUGGUAACUCUCACUGGAGAGAAGGUCGAUAUCUACAUUAUGGCACAGCCAUUGUCAGGGAAAUGGGUACAUUAUGGCACAGAAGUGACAAGUGGUAGCGGGAGGCUUUCUUAUACCCUUCCUGAAGAGAAGAUGCUGGGCAUUGGCAUGUACCCUAUCCGUAUGGUGGUGAGAGGUGAUCACACCUAUGCUGAAUGCUUUCUGACAGUGGUAGCUAAGGGCACACCUUGUGUCGUCUUUAGUAUUGAUGGCUCCUUCACAGCUAGUGUCUCCAUUAUGGGCAGUGACCCCAAGGUGCGAGCAGGUGCUGUUGAUGUGGUAAGGCAUUGGCAAGAUUCUGGUUUCAUGAUCAUCUACGUGACAGGGCGUCCAGACAUGCAGAAGCACAGAGUGGUGGCUUGGCUUACCCAGCAUAAUUUCCCACAUGGCAUUGUCUCUUUCUGUGAUGGCCUCACGCAUGACCCUCUUCGCCAGAAAGCUGCCUUUCUACAGGGCCUUCAGCAAGAGGCAGAGGUCACUAUUGUAGCUGCAUAUGGUUCCACCAAGGACAUCUCAGUUUAUAGCUCUUUAGGGCUCCCUUCAUCCCAGAUCUACAUUGUGGGUCGGGCUGUGAAGAAACUGCAAAGCCAAUGCCAGUUCCUUUCAGAUGGCUAUGUUGCCCAUCUAGCCCAGCUGGAAGCGGCAUCCCUCGCUCACUCACCAAAGGGAACCACAAGGCCCACCUUGGGCAAAGGCAGUUAUGGCUGCCCCGCUCCUGUCGACUUCCUGCGCAAGCAGAGCCAGCUGUUGCGCUCCCGGGGACAAAGCCAGGUGGAACGAGAGGGAACUGGAAGUGCCCAGCCCCGAGCCAAAAUCCGGAGUGUCAGCCUGAAGCUGGAGAGUGAGGAGUAAACCCAAGAGGAAAACUCUCUGCAUUUUCUUACUUGCAGCAGCUGAUGCUCUGAUUGGGCCUGUAGAGGCCACAGAUGGGAGAGAAAGAAGCUAAAAACACCAUGCAGAUAGAGAGAGAGGGAGGGAGGGAGAGAGAGAGAGAGAGGCUCUGCCUUGUCGAGGCCAGAAGCUGGCAGACAGUGCCGCUAGGACGAGGAGGAGAGAGCUUCUGUACAAUCCCAAAGAGUUUUCCAUUCCCAUUGGUCCCGGUUCUUGGCUUCUGUUUGUGGUCUUCACUGACCUACAGUGCAGCCAGUGUUCCUGAACUCAUGCCCCCUAGGGAUGGGUGGAGGGGAAGGGCACAAUGGGAAUCCAUUCAUAUUCUCCCCUUAUUUAAACCGUGCUAUGUUGUUCGUGAAUUCCUUUUUUUUUUUUUCCAGAAUGUGAGGCCUGUUAAGACUGGGUUAUAUCCAUUCUCCCAGCCUGUUCAUAGGUGAGGCAGUGGCCCCCAUAAUUUCUCAAGUCUUCCCACAACCCUGUCCAGUUUAAGGUAGGGUGGAUGGUUCAGAAAAAAAUGCCUAUAUCUAUAUAUCUAUAUAUCUCCAUAUAUGGAUUCCAGCAUGGCCAUUUCACUUCCGAGGCUGAGCGCCUUGCUCCAGC